CCCCUGCCAACAGCAUCCAGAAUUUCAAUGGAUGAUCUACGAUUCCCUGAGCACUACGCUUUUCAUGCAGUUCGAAAACUCUGAAGAGUAUAAGCGCACGACGAACCAUGUCGCCAAGCAGACCUUCAGAGACCGCACUAGCGGAAUCCCUUUCUUCGAAAUAACCAUUCCCUACCUAGGCGGGUUUCUGUCCGCCUAUGGAUUGUCGGGUGACUUUGGUACUCUUGGAAAAAGCCAACGAACUCGGAGAGGCCCUGCUUUCCACGUUCGAAUUGGCUUCAGGCCUCCCUUACCAUAGCUAUGACCCACCGGGCGUGUUGAGGCACCUAGUAUCUGUAUUCUCUGGUGCCGCUGACCAACCAGCAAUCACACAGCACAUUCAGUAGCACCUCUCAUUUGUUGAGGCAGUUUCCAAUUCCAGUACGAAU